UAAGCCCAAAAAACAAAAUUGAGAAGGCUAGAAGCAAAAAACCAUAUUUGAUGAUACGGAAAAUAUGAAUCCCCAAGCAGACAAGUUGGUGAGGAGGAUCACCAUGGUGGCUACUGUCACUGCCUCUUAUUUCCUUUUAACCGCUGACUAUGGCCCUGAACCUAAUGUGCUCGACCCUAUCAAGAAGAGCAUACUAUCAGCACAAAGUUCUCUGAAAGAGUUUAUCGCGGGAUCAUCAAGGGAAGAACAGCAAGGAAGUUCGCAGAGUUCCAACAACAACGCUAAAGAACACCCGUAGGUCUAUACUCCAUCCAUAGGAUACAAGAUCGAACAGUGAUGAGGUUUGACUAUUGAAUAAGGCUUUUUAUGGUUAUUAUUACAUUAGGGAAUGCCUGAAAAUUGUUGUAUGAGGCCAAGCUUCCUUUGUCCCUUUUGAGUUUUCAACAGGGAAUUUUGUGUUUGUGCAGUACUGGUAGUGUGUACUUUGUACAUAUUGCUUUUGAAGAAGGAAUUUCAAUGGCGGUCCUUUGAUUA